GGAGUUUGAAGAAGAGCCGCGGGCAGCAGGAGCCACUCGCUCUUUCUCCGCCUAUCACAGAAGUAAAUAAACUUUCUCUGGUGACUUUUACGCGCAUUCGCUGUGGAGUCGGCUGCUGCGUUUUUAAUGUGAAGGUGAAAGGAGGUCCGAGGGGUCGGAGGCGUCUGUGGAGCCGCCUGGUUUGAUGAUCUUUCCAGCGUGCAGCCGUGCGUGCUGUCCGGGAAGAAGCUCAACAGCAGCUCCCAGGGAUUUUGCAAGAAAAUAAGAAGAGGAGGAACUACAAACCCCUUUCGUAACCUGCGUCUUGCUCGCUGGAGUUUUGCAAAUUUCUUCACUAGAAAUGGUCGGCAGGUUGAACUUGCCGAAUGUAUGCGAAGGAGAUCCUCUGGAUAUGAGCUGCAGGGCUGAUAGAGGACUCGAUAGCCCGGACUCUGGGUUGCCCCCCAGUCCGAGCCCCAGCGCCUGGCUGCUGCCUGUGUGCGCGGAUAAAGCGGGAGGUGUGAGCCCGGUGUCCGAAGACGAAGGAAGGGGCUCCCUGGUUCCAGUUUUACCUGCUCGAUCUUUCCCACAGCUGCACCCGCUGUCCUUUGGGGAAGGCAUAGCACUUGAUCCAUUACCGCCAAAGGAAGUGAGAUACACCUCCUCGGUGCACUACGACUCGGACCGCCACUUCAUCCAGGACGUGGCCCUGCAGCCGUGGGGCCAGGGCCUCGAACGCUGCAGGCAGACCGUCGUGGCCGUGUCCCACAGCACCUGGCGCCACUACAAGACACAGCUGGAGCUCCAGCCCCGCCACCGUCCCCAAAGCUUCAAGAGCACCACGAUCGUCUACCCCAAGAAAACCAGCACCGUCUACACAACAGAGCUGAGCUACGACUGCCACCGGCUAUCCAGGCGGUUCCUCUCGAGUGUGGAGCUGCAGGCGGCGGGCCACAGAAAGUUAUCUCAGUGAGAGCAGAGAUGGCUGGGGACAUGCGAUGACAGUCAUUCCCAUGGCCUUUGUACCGGUUCUCCCCCUUAAAGCUGGCUGCCACUGACCUGCUGUGUUGUCUCUUUACAGUUGUGUAGUCUGCCUUCCUAUAAGCACCCAUCACAAGCUGUGGACUGGAGGAAUCUGUGCUGUGAUGUUACAGAAAGAUUGGUUAAGACAUGAGUUAAAUGGAUUAAACAUGCAAUCCAUGUCUUGAUGGGUUUUCAUCCCUGUCAAUGAGUGAAGCUAUCCACUGGCAUGGCUGUUUUAUUAAACGCUUCAGUUUGUAGCUUGUUGAAAAGUUUCCCGAGGCAUAAUCGUAUUUUAUUUAGUUUUUAUCGGCGGUAGAACGGACUAAUAUGGACCAAGAUGAAGAGAAUACUUGCGUGCCUUCAGCAAAAUAAUUCUACUUCUGUUACAUCAACUUGGUCAGGUGACACGGUUUUAAAAUUUUAAAGCAAAGAGGCUUGCCUCAGUGCAUAUGAUCUGUUGUAAUCAAAGGGAAGAGUAUGUUGAGACUGCUAGUUUAGUAACCAGAUAAGGAGUACAAGAGCGGUUAACUGUGUUUCUGGGGUUUGAAUUCAUGAUAAAUCACUCACACAUUCGCACUGUACAAAGGAUGUGUUGAUACUUUUCACGUGUUUUUCACAGGGUAUUGUGUAUUUGUGCACAGUGUAACACAGCUAAGCUCUUCGCAGGCCUUAACUCUUGCCACAGUUUACGGCUGCAGUUUGUAAAAUGUCGAUAGAUUGAGGGAACUUUCCUGUUCAUUGAGAUGUGUAAGCUAAAACAAAUAGACUAAGUAGGUAGCAUAGAUGGAUCAUGAGUGUGGAGUUUACUGAAAAGUGGAUAGUAUGUUGAUAUCACUCACUUGCUUCACUAGUGAAAGUAACAAGCUGCAUUCCACUGCUAGAACUUUCUUUGCCGUGACUUGGAUUGAAAUUGUAUUUAUUCUGUUGAAGUUUUAGGAUCUGAGAUUUUAUCACCUGAUUAACGGGUCUCUCCACUGUUGUGGCAAGGGAUAUUUUUUGUGAUGCCUUUUGUACCUUGUUAAUGUAUCUGUUGAUGCUUCUUUUUGAUAUUAGUCACUUAUUCAGUGCCAGUUUGAAAUAAAGUCAUCAUGAGUUCAA